GGUCGCAGAAACACAAAAACCUGGGGUUAGGGUUAUGAACGCACAUCGAGGAUUCCUUAACCCCACCUCUAAGUUGUCUCAGGGGAGGUUUGACAGUGUGAGUCAGAGAAUGCCAAAAACCAUCGUCUCAAAUAAAUACCCCGCUGUGGGGUUAUUUCACAAUUGAGUUGCCGUCUCUGCGCCCAAAAACCUAGACUCGCACACACACGACAGGCAAACAGACGGCCACCUCCGUUUCCUUUGUUUGCUUCUGUUUUCUAGCGCAGCCGCAACCAUGGCUGAUUCGACCACCGCCGCGCCUCCGACCGAUGAGGUCGCCAACCUCCACUUGGACGAGGUCACGGGCGAGCGCGUGUCCAAGACGGAACUGAAGAAGCGCCAGAAGCAGCGUCAGAAGGAGGCCGAGAAGGCGGCCAAGGCUGCCGCUGCUCCGCCCAAGGCCACGACCAAGCCGAAGAACGCGUCCGGGGAGGAGGAGAAGGAUCUCAAUCCGAACCAGUACUACGAGAUCCGGACCCGGCACGUCCACGAGCUUCUCAAGAAUCCCGAGACCAACCCGUACCCGCACAAGUUCCAUGUCACGUACGACGACUCCAAGUUCUUCGAGGAGUUCGGCCACCUCAAGUCGGGCGAGACGGCCGAGGACAAGGAGAUCCGGAUCGCCGGGCGCAUCUACAACAAGCGCGCGAGCGGGUCGAAGCUGAUUUUCUACGACAUCCGCACGUCGGCCGACACGGUCAGCAUCGGCACGCAGCUGCAGGUGGUGUGCCAGGCGCAGCUGGUCAAGGAGGGCGGCACGCCGUUCGAGAAGCAGCACGAGAACAUCCGGCGCGGCGACAUCAUCGGCAUCGUCGGCUAUCCCGGCCGCACGAAUCCCAAGAACCGCCUGGCCGAGGGCAAGGAGGGCGAGCUGUCCGUCUUCGCGACCGAGGUCGUGCUGCUCAGCCCGUGCUUGCACAUGCUGCCCAGCGUGCGCUUCCCGUUUGCGGAUAGCGAGCAGAGAGCUCGUAUGAGGUAUCUCGACAUGUUGUGGAACGAUCGGACCCGUCAGGUGCUGUGGCAGCGCAGCCGAAUGGUUCGCUUCAUCCGUGAUUUUUUCCACGAGCGGCGUUUCAUUGAGGUUGAGACUCCGAUGAUGCAUGCCAUUGCGGGCGGCGCGACUGCUCUCCCUUUCAUCACGCACCACAAUGACCUCGACAUCGACAUGUACAUGAGAAUCGCCCCCGAGCUGUUCCUCAAGAAGAUGAUCGUCGGCCAGUUCGGCAAGGUGUUCGAGCUCGGCAAGAACUUCCGCAACGAGAGCAUCGACCUCACGCACAACCCCGAGUUCACGUCAUGCGAGUUCUACUGGGCGUAUGCAGACGUCUACGACGUCAUGGCGCUCACCGAGGAGCUGGUUUCUUCGCUGGUCAAGGAGCUCACCGGCUCGUACAAGACGACCUUCACCACGCAGCACGGUGAGACGUACGAGGUGAACUGGGAGGCGCCGUGGCGGAGGGUCGAGAUGAUCCCCGAGCUCGAGAAGGCCACGGGCGAGAAGUUCCCUCCGUUCGAGGAGCUGCACACGGAGGAGACAAACCAGUUCCUGCAGAGGGUCUGCAAGAAGAUGGGCGUCGAGUGCCCGCCGCCGCUCACCAACGCGCGCAUGAUCGACAAGCUCACGGGCGAGUUCAUCGAGAGCACCUGCAUCAACCCGACCUUCAUUGUGGAGCACCCGCAGAUGAUGAGUCCGCUUGCCAAGUAUCACCGGUCCAAGAAGGGUCUCUGUGAGCGAUUCGAGGCGUUUGCCUGCAAGAAGGAAAUUGCGAACGCGUACACCGAGUUGAACAACCCGUUCGACCAGAGACUGCGCUUUGAGGAGCAGGCGCGUCAGAAGGCGCAGGGCGAUGACGAAGCCCAAGUUGUGGACGAGAGCUUCCUGAAUGCGCUCGAGUAUGGCCUGCCGCCCACCGGUGGCUGGGGUCUCGGCAUCGACCGUCUCGCAAUGUUCAUUACGAACAACUACUCGAUGCGGGAGGUCCUGGCCUUCCCAUUCCUGCGCGAGGAGAAGCAGGCUCCCAAGGAGAAGUUUGCGGCGGAGCUGGUCGACGUCCAGCCGCUUCCCGAGGAGGGCAUUCCGCACAAAUAGAUGAGGAUACCAUAGAUAGAUAGCUGUGAAAAAAGGCAUUCCCCCCGAGUGAGAAGGAUGAUGCGAUCGAUGUCUCGUUUCCCAUCCUGCCCCUGUUGGAAGCUACGGUGGGCUACAGUGGAGAAUGGGGAUCUAAGGCCACCGUUGGCUGGUUCGGGCAGCCAACCUAGCAAUCAUCCCACCAACCUACCGGGCAGUCAAUCAAUUCAAGCCUUCAGCCACUCUUCU